AUGGAACUUCUCCUCUUUGUGGGGGUCCUUGCUGGUACAUUUUUCUCUGCUCACUCGGCGGUGCAGAAAGAAGACCCCGCCCCCUAUUUGGUGUACCUCAAGUCUCACUUCGGUCCCUGUGUGGGCGUCCUCAUCAAAAGUAGCUGGGUGCUAGCCCCAGCCCACUGCUACUUACCAAACCUGAAAGUGUUGCUGGGGAACUUGAAGACCAGAGUCAGAGAUGGGACGGAGCAGGUGAUCAACCCCAUCCAGAUAGUGCACUACUGGAACUACAAUCACAGCAACCCCCAGGACGACCUCAUGCUCAUCAAGUUGGCCAAGCCAGCCAUCCUCAACCAGAAGGUCCAGCCUCUCCCCCUCGCUACAAGCAAUGUGAAGCCAGGUACCAAGUGUCUGCUCUCAGGGCUGGACUGGAGCCACGACAACGGUGGCAGGCACCCCGACCUGCGGCAGAACAUGGAGGCCCCCGUGAUGUCCGACAAGGAGUGCCAGCAAACAGAGCAAGGGAAAAGCCACAGGAACUCCUUGUGCGUCAAGUUCGUCAAAGUGUUUGCCCGCGUUUUGGGGGAGGUGGCCGUCGCCACCGUCAUCUGCAACAACAAGCUGCAGGGCACCGAGGUCGGGCAUUUCAUGGGGGGCGACGUGGGAAUCUACACCAACAUCUACAAGUACGUGUCCUGGAUUGAGAGCGUCACCAAAGACAAGUGAGACUUCCACUGUUGUACCACUGCCCGCUCCUACACUCAAAAUAAAAUCUCCAAACAGAAGUCCAGCAGCCUGCAUCCUUGUCUGUGUCUCUGCCCACGUCAUACACACGCUGAAGAACCAGGGCUGAGCUAAGGUGACAUGAGCACUGGCUAUGCUCUGCUGUGUUGUAGUCAUGCUUAGGGCGUGUGUGACACGGCUGGUAGGCAGGUCUCAUCCCCUUUAUACAGAGGAGCACGGUGAGGCCGACAGAGACUACUUAUCACCACCCAGAGCUGGUGAGUACUGGAGCCUGGAGCAGAAC